GGAGAGUCUCCAGCACCUAGGGAGCCCGGCGCUGAAGAAAGGUAAGUGUUUAACCCCUUCUUCUCCAUCCAGCCCGGCGGGAGUGGGACCCUGAGGGUGGGGGCACCCUCAGGGCACUAUAGUGCCAGGAUAACGAGUAUGUUUUCCUGGCACUAUAGUGGUCCUUUAAGAAGGCGUCUUGUGGGUGAUAUUCUUGAUAUGCAAGAUAGUAUGACCCACCAAAGUAUUGUGGCAUAAUUUACCUCUACCGAGCCACCCAAACCUUCUUCUACCUCUGGCUUCGUAUUUGACUCGUGAUUUCUGGUAUCCUGACCUCAGCUUCAUAUUUGACUUGUGAUUUCUGGUAUCCUGACCCUGCUUUCUCUUUACCCUGUUUCUUGUUGUAUUAAUACGUUAAGUCCUCGGUAAUAUGUCUUACGGAUCCACCUUUUGUCGGUUUCCUCUUUCCCGCGUGUUGGGUUAUUACUCCCGUGAAAAGUAUAAAGGUAAAGGUGCCUUUAAUGGAUUAUUAUUAUUAGGAGGACUCACUGGUUAAAACAAGCGACUAAUAUGUGUAAGGGAUUGAUACCCAUAAUAUGGGGGACGCUGGUAGUUUCCAGUACUGAAGGGGUCCCACCCCUAUAGAAUACCAUGAGGCAAGUGGUUAGGAUAGGAUAUAUGGGGGCUCACCCCAAGUAUAGCAGGGGGCUCACCCUUGUGCACAGUUGCACAAGGCAGACUGCACCAUCGGGCACCCUAUAUGCAAGUAAAAUUCUACAUGUAAGUUUGGUAAACUGUAAUUAUAACUGUAAAGUAGACAGAGCACAAAGAAAUCCUUUCUAUGUAGUAAUAAAGGAAAGCAGCCGAGAGAGAUCCUGCAGUAGUUGUAUGCAGUGUAGCAGUGGAUCCAGGAGUGCAGGCAGAUCAGUAAGUCAGUGUAACAGGAGGAUUCCUUGUGUUGCCAGGCAAAUUUUGGAGCAGUGUGACAGUCUUAUAGUGUGUCCUGGUACAGAUUCGUUAUUCGAAUGGACUAGAACAAGAAACAAAAUGGCCACCGUGAAUCUUGCAAGAUUCAAGAUGGCCACCACGCGCGUGGACCUGGCGGGAACAACUCCCAAAGUUGAGAGAGUGCCUCGAGCACGGUGCUGUCUGCCACGGCACAAGGCAAAGCAAAUACAGAAAUAAAUAUAGGAAGUAAAAUCCAGUGCAAGCAAAUACAAAGAAAAUACAGGGAGUAAACUCCAGGGGCCUAAUGGCAAACUAAGGGUAGAGAAACUUGAGGGCCUUAAAGGACCACUAUAGGCACUCAGACCAUUUCAGCUUAAUGAAGUGGUCUGGGUGCCAGGUCCAGCUAGGGUUAACCCUUUUUUUUAAUAAACAUAGCAGUUUCAGAGAAACUGCUAUGUUUAUAUUAGGGUUAAUCCAGCCUCCAGUGGCUCUCUUGACAGCCGCUAGAGGCGCUUGCGUGCUUCUCACUGUGAUUUUCACAGUGAGGAGACGCCAGCGUCCGUAGGAAAGCAUUGAGAAUGCUUUCCUAUGGACUGGCUGAAUGCGCGUGCGGCUCUUGCCGCACAUGUGCAUUCAGCCGAUGACGUCGCUAUGGAGGAGGAGAGCUCCCCGCUCGGCGCUGGAGAAAGAGGUAAGUUUAACCCCUUCCUCUCCCCAGAGCCCGGCGGGAGGGGGCCCUGAGGGUGAGGGCACCCUCAGGGCACUAUAGUGCCAGGAAAACGUGUAUGUUUUCCUGGCACUAUAGUGGUCCUUUAAGGCUAGGAAGAACUGUGGGGAUGACAGGUGGCAGGGCAUCAUAGAGUAUAGGAAACACCAUGAAAGAGAUAUCAGUGUAAAUAGAAGUAAACAUGAAUCAUACAGAAAACAGAAGGAGCAAAUACUCUGACCUGUGCACCGCAUGAGCAGCAAAGAAAGAGGAGGAGUUUGACUGUCAGGGCCUUAUAUAGAGAAUGUCACUUUGUUUUCAUUGGUUGAUUCUAUGAUUGAUCUGUGCUGCUGGAGUAUUGAUUAAAUAGGCUAUAUCAGAAGCAGAGAGUAGGCCUACCCAAUAAUUCCCACAACAAGCUCCCACCUCACAUCCAAUCUAAUCUCUGUGAAGCACUUUGGGUAAUGGUGCUACAUAGGAAUUGUUAAAUAAAUACUGUAUUUGCGGCUAAAAAUCAAAAUAUGAGACUGAUGUACCUUUACCUGUGCCAACAAAUCUGGCAGUUAAUCAUGGUUACCCAGAGCCAACACAGCCUCCCCCAGGUCACUUUUCAUCCUCUUGGGGUCUACAGCCAUUGUAAAUUCUGCAAUAAAAUUCCAGCAUUUAUAUUCUCAUUGGCUCUAACCAAUAAUGACAUUCCUCCCCAUCCCCCCCGGAACUCAAAUGCCUCGGAACUGAAAGCUAUGCGCCGUGUUUUCCAUCGGAGGGACCUAAGUAGCCGAACAGGAAGUUAAUGCGUAGCUCCACGUGAGUACUGAAGUGGAGACUGCGAUCGGCCAACAUGGGGAAAGACAGGGUAAGUCAUUUGUUUAUUAAAAGCAAUAGAAACGUGUGAAUGUACAAAGGAGGAGAAUUUUGUGUUGGGAAAUGAAUACAAGAAAGUACACGUGGGGAAAAUAAGCUGCAAGCAUAGGCGAGGGAGAGAUAUUCACAGAUCAGAGCUACUGUCAGCCCCUUGUGCUCUUAUAAAAAUCUGAACAGAUAUUGAAGUAACCUUUACAAGUCCAUUUAAAGGCUUCUGAGGCUAGAUGACAAUCUAGAAGAAAGACCAUGUGUUUCUGAAUUACCGUUAAAAUCAAUUUUCUUGCAAAAAAACCAUUAUUAUUAUUAUUAUUAUUAUUAUUAUUAUUGCCAUUUUAUAUAGCGCCAACCGAUUCCGUAGCGCUUUACAAUAUUAUGGGGGGGGGGGGAGGUUUUAACUAUACAUAGGACAAUUACAAAAAACUUACGGGAACAAUAGGUUGAAGAGGACCCUGCUCAAACGAGAUUAUGUUCUAUAGGAGGUGGGGUGUACAACACAUUAGGACAGGACAUAUUAGUGUGAAGCUAUUGAUAAAGUGGUUAUCACUUAACCAGCAUUUCAUGCAGCACUUCUUAACAACUGUGUAAAAUAUUUGGUAAAUUUCAUGACUGACGUUUGUGUUUUGGAUUUAACAUCAUGCUUACCGAAAUAUACUUUUAUUGUAUGGUAUAGCGUUGGCCCGUUAACAGUUUUACUAAAUUGAUUAUAGAAUGACAAAUCUUUUGGGACUGUUUACACAUUUUAAGGGGCCAAUAACCAGGAGAGAGAGGGGAGGGGUGGGGGAGGUUUGCAUUGCAAUAUGCAUUAAUCUCUUAAAUUAUCUGAAUACUUUACCUAGACUAAAAACCAAAAAAAGUUGAAGGCAACAGCAAAACACAAUGCAGAAGAAACCUAUACGGCUGUUCCCCACUCCUUUGUCUUCCAUCGUGGACAAGUUGGAAAAAACGUGCAACAACUGAUCCUGGAUCUCAGGCGGGCGAUGGAACCCUUUACUGCUACCUCGCUUAAGGUAAUAAUGCUCUGCUUCCACUGUAUGUCUUGGAUAACGGUAGAAGAUUAGUGAUAUGGGCAUGGAACUGUUUUGUUGCACAGUCAUAUUUUUUCCCUUCACGUAACAAAAGUGCAGGUUUAAAAAAAAAAAAAACAACAAAAAUAAAACCCUCUUUCAUCAUUAGGAGACCCAGGUAUCAAUAGAUACUCGGGCUCACCUCUGGCAGUUAGAGCUGCAUUUAGGGGCCCCAGGCUGACCGAUGAGCUAUUUUCAGUGCUCAAAAUUAGUGCUUACUGCUCCAAAUUCCAUAAAUAUCCCUUUAUUAUCUAAUGAGCAGAAUAGAGUUUAACAAUUAUUUUAAUUUGCAGGUUAUAAUGCCAACUCUCUUAAACUUGAUGUAACUUAUAGGAAUAUCAAAAUUGAGUUCUGAUUUUGGUUUUGGUUUAACAGGUUCGAAAGAAGAAUACUUUGAAAGACUUUAUUGCUGUAGCAGGACCCCUAGGAGUGACCCAUUUCCUCAUCUUCAGCAAGACAACCGAAAAUGUCAAUUUUGUAAGUGAUGUAAUUAAAACGUUUUGUAAACAAUAUUCAGUCUCGUACAUAAGGUAAAAGUUUUCCAACACAAUCUGCUCUGUUAUAAACCAGAACAUAUUUGAAACAUAGCUGAUUACUAUGGUAAUUUUUGUAUUUUCUUCUCCAGAAAUUUGUACGUUUGCCCCGUGGACCAACAUUGAAUUUCAAAGUUACAGAGGUGUGUAAAUCUGAUCGGAUUUGUAUUGCUUUUCAUAAAAAAAAAAAAAAAUGCCUUACCUUCCAGUCAAACCUAAAAAUAGCACAACAUUGCCCUCUUCCUCAACAUGUCACUUGUCCCUUUCUCCACAUGGCUUGUGACAUGGAGAGUGCUAAUAGCAUGUCACUGUCUAGUUUCUCUUUAGGGCAGUGGCAAAAGUGCAAGUUAGAGUCCUAAUCUGUGUAUCCAAUCUUCUCAGUAGUCUCUGUUUUUGAUGCCAAAUUCAGUCAUUCAGUGCCCACCCUUGCGUUCCUUUGUUCCCUCCAUACUCUAUGGUAAAAUACACCUUCAUUUUAAUCUAAUUUUAUUAUUUCAGUUCUAUUUAGGAAAAAAACAUUGCCUCUCAAUAAUCCUACCUACCAUCUUCCUUUCAGUGCUCCUUGACACAAGAUGUGGCCUUUCAACAAUAAUCCCACCUACUUUCUUUCUUUUAGUACUCCUUGGUAAAGGAUGUGGUGUCUUCUCUGAAGAAACAUCGAAUGCAUGAGCAGCAGUUCACCCACCCUCCCUUACUUGUACUCAAUAACUUUGGCAACCAGGGUAUGCAGGUCAAGCUGAUGGCCACCAUGUUCCAGAACAUGUUUCCCUCAAUUAAUGUUCACAAGGUGAGCGCACGUUUGUUGGGUUUACAUUGGCCUAUAUCGUACCAAUAAAAGUCAAAAUGUUAAUUUUGGCUGGAUUAGUUAAGACAUGUCUCAUAAACACAUCAUUCCACACGUCAUCAAAAAGGCCGUAUGUACUAGUGAUGAGUUUUGUUUCUCACCUCAGCUGGAAAUUGUAUCUAAGUUCUUCUAUUUUGACCUAGAUUUUUCAUUACUUGUCGGGAAGUAGGGAUGGGGAUGACAUUUUGACCCUUACCGUAUUUACUUUUUAUUUAAAGGUGCACUCCAGACUCCUAAAAAUUCUUCAACUUGCUGAAUUGCUUUACUUGUAAUGUGUGUACUUUUUAUUUAAAAAAAAAAAAAAAAAAGUCAUGUUACUUCCUGGUUGUUUAGUUUAAUGGAGCUAAACUCUCUCUAAGCGAGGAAUUGCCUUCUAUAGACUUCUCAUUGAGCUGCAUUGGAAAGUCUCUAUGUGCCUGGACUUUUUCUACCAAUAACUUGUGAUAGGAGAAAACACCACUACGGUCUGUGUAAGGCACCUCUGGUGUCGUCCAUUAUUACAACUUCUUUAACAAUCUAGAGCUUCUUGCAGCAGAGAAGGCAGCAACAGGCACCCGUUGGGAGACAGGUAAGUUGUAAAAUAGUUUGACUUGCAGUGGUGCCAGGACAUGACAUUAUUUUUUUUUUAUUUUUUUUACUGACUGAAUUUCCUUCAAGUUUUCUGGUGGAUACAAAAAAAGUCUGUUUUUAUACAUUCAGGAAUUCCCAGGGGACUAAAUGGGAGUUUUAGGCUGUUUGUUACUCGGAUGGCAGGAUUGGUCUGUGUGUCUUUAUUUUGCAUCAUUUUAUAUUAAGAGGGAAAUUCUACAUCUCCCACAACCCUCCCUUUAGGUGGAGUCAUUAUUUAAGGAGGAAAUGCUCCUGCUUUCUCUGUGUCACCCAAAGUGGAAGAGGUAACCUUGGUCCUCAUAAUUUUCUUUGGUAGCCCAGACACCCUGUCAAUGCUGUCCUAUGUCCUGGUCAAACAGAAAGUAUCAGUCACCUACCAAAGUGCCUUGUCUUUCUGUCCUUACUGGGCUUAAAGUUUUCUAAAUGUGUUUUUGGUGACAGGAAAUCACACCGACGUACAGUGAAGUAAACUCAUCCUGUCUACAGUAGUAUGCUGUUAGUCCAUAUGGUUUAUUCCUCUUGCACAUUACUAUAGUGGAAAUAGGUUGUGCUCUAUCAUGCCAAUCACAUUAUUGGUUUUCUUCCAGGUAAACCUGAAUACCAUUCGGAGAUGUAUCCUUAUUAACUAUAAUGACGAAACGGAGACACUUGAUUUCAGACAUUUGUAAGUGUUGCCUUUCUGCUUUGUAUGUCACUGGUGAUGUUUUGAGUGUGGUCCGACUAUAUAUCGAAAACACUUCAUUUAUAUGGAAAGAGUACUGGAUACAUGUUUAUAAAAGAGUCGACUGAUUUUACAUGAUCUCGGCAUAUCUAUAAAUAUGUACAGGUAAUUUUUUUUUAAAUUUUUUUUCAUAACAUUUAUGCAGUACCGUUUGCACAUUUUUACAUAGCUAACAAAGUCGUAGUCAACCCAUUCUAUAUGGAUGUCUGGUUAGUUGAAAUAAUUGACCUUACUGAGUGGGUCAGUCCUUUUCUUAAAUGGUUGUUUUGAGCAGGGUCCCCAUCUAAUUUUGUUCCUUUAUGACUAUGCCGAUGUGCUAUCAAAUAACUGUUUGAUUACCCAUUGUACAGAACUGUGCGAAAUGUUCUUUAUAAAUAAAAAAUAAUUUUCACAUAUUUCUUCAAUUGGUUUUGCAGCAGUGUGAAAGUGGUCCCAGUUGGAAUGAGUAAGGGUAUGAAAAAGCUUCUCCAGGAGAGAUUUCCAAACAUGAGUCGUUGGGAGGACAUCAGUGAGCUGUUGGUCAAGUGAGUUUGCAAUAAGGAUAGUGGAAUGGUUCUCUCAAUAAAAAAGCACUGUGGAUGGAAUUAUAACCACUCUGAUGGAAGCUUGUGAAAAAUAACGUUUAGACUGUGCAAACUUACUCUUAAUCACGGUCUGAAUUAUUUGAAGUGGGGUAUAACAGUACUGCCGCCCUUUUAUCUUCCAAUAUCUCACCUUUCAUAACUGGGCAUUUAUCUUGACCAGAUAUGCUUGAUUUAUUAUCAAUAUUAUUUGUUAUUGGUAUUUGUAUAGCGCCAGCUUAAUCUGCAGAGCUUUACAAUAAAAGAAGAAUUUACCAAUAGUGUUGUUGCGAACGGCUUUAACAUGGAUGCUGUCCAGGAGGUGGGAGGGUCUGCCUGAGAUUGGCAGGGAUGGGUCAGCUGACCGGAGUUCGCCGCGAACGGUUUGUGGUGAACCGUUCGCAACAACACUAUUUACCAAUGAGAAAAUAACAAAAUGUAACAGGAACAAUGACAGGUAGUUGAGGACCCUGCUCAAACGAACUUACUGUCUUGAGGAGGUGGGGUAUAAAAACACAAUAGGAAGGGUAUUGAGGGAGACAGCAAAUAGACAUGGUGGGAAAGUAGCAGAGCUGGAGAUAAGAGUGGAGAGUUGCCCUUUAGGAGAGAGCAAGAGGAAGGUUUGAGAGAUCAAAGUUACUCUUGGAGGCCAUAAGCAUUCCUGAAAAGAUGGGUUUUGAAGGACUUAUUAAAGGAUUGAAGACUAGGGGAGAGUCUGACAGGGGUAGGCAGGCUGUUCCAAAGGAAAGGAGCUGCCCAUGAGAAGUCUUGUAGGCGUGAAUUUGCAGUAAGGGUGCGAGCAGCAGACAGGAGAAGGUCGCCAGUAGAGAGGAGAGCCUGAGAGGGGGCAUAACUAUGAAUCAGUGAAGAAAUGUAAGAGGGCGUAGAGUUGGUUAGAGCUUUAUGGGUAAGGGUUAGUAUUUUAAAUUGACACCUGUUGGGUACAGGAAGCUAGUGUAAGGAUUGACAGAGGGGUGAGUGUAAGAGGAGCGACAGGAGAGAAAGAUCAGCCUGACAGCAGCAUUCACCACUGAUUGUAGGAGGCAGCAUGGCUUCUGGGGAGACCAAUUAGGAGAGAAUUACAGUAAUCGAUGCAAGAGAUUACUAGAGUGUGAACAAGCUCCUCGGCAGCAUCUUGUUUAAGAAAGGGGUGUAUGCGGGCAAUGUUUUUAAGUUGGAAUCAACAGACUGGACAUGAGGUGCAAAGGUGAGGCCAUGAUCAAAAGUGACAGCAAACUUGCAAGGAUGGGUAAGGCAGGUACCGUCAACCUGCAGGGAGAGUGAAGGAGGAGGAUCAGUGUUAUGAGGAGGGAAAAAUCUGAAACUCAGUUUCAUAGAGAUUGAGUUUCAGAAAGCAGAAGGACAUUCAAUCAGAGAGAGAGGCAAUUGAUGACACGUUGUAGGACAGCAGGGGAGAGGUCAGAUGAGGAGAGAUUUGAGUCCAAUUUGAUCACACUACAUUGUGUGGUAUGUGUAUAUAUGAAAUCAAUGCUGAUGCUGUUAUCACUGCUGUCCAAAUAUGCACGAUACUGCUAAUGUGGAAGUUACUUUUCAACUAUCGUGACUGAGGGGCUUUGUCACAGGUUCAUGGGGACCCUUGGUUUAUGUCAAACUGUUUUUAAAAAAAGGUUUGAUGCAGAACUGGGGGACAAUGACAGUAGCUUGCUAGCACUACAAUAGAUUACAGUAGUUGUGGUGCUUUAUGAUCCUUUUAGUAUGAAUUAUUUGAAGAUUGUUACUCCCAAGGCAGUAAAUCCCUUAAGUUGCUUUAUGUAGGAAACAUUUAAAUUUGUUGUUUACCAACUUUCCUUCAGCCUCAUGUGAAUCAUCCCUCUCUUUACCUCCAUGUUGGCUCCUCUGCUAUGACCAUUCCCUGACAAAAGCAUAGGCUGUAAUUUUGUCUCCUGCUCAGGACAGCAGUGGCUACUGUACAAAGCACCAACUACUCUGCCGGGUGGCUGUCCCAUGCAUCUACUAUUCUGUAAAUGUAUUUUGCCUCUAGAUUUUACUCCCUCCAAAUUUAGGUUGUAAAAAAUAAAUAGUACACCUUCACCGCUUCAAUACUUUAUUCAUGUUCCAUAGAGGAGCCAAUCUAUCAGAAAGUGAGGCUGAGCAAGAUGGAGAUCACAAUAUCACAGAACUGCCCCAGGCCUACGCUGGACGAGGAAACAUGAAGUCCCAGCAAAGUGCUGUCCGUCUGACAGAGGUUAGUCCGUUAAUGAUGAUUUAUCUCAGAAUUGCAAACUUAAGGUCAAACUGCCUUUGAAUUUAACGCCAAAAUUGAAACAUUUGGCUCACGUAGCCAAGAUGGGUGAAAAAUAUAAUAUGGCAAAUCCAUGAAGGCUAUCUCCGUUCUUUCUGCUGAAUAUAGAAAUGCUCUUUAGUUUUGUUGUACAGUAAGCCACAUUCCAUUACAAAAUGAUCUGUGCCAAUCCAGUGUAUCCUUAUAGGGAAACACUGGGAGACUAGUGCGCAUGUGCAGCAAAAAGCUGCACCUGUCAAAUGGUCUCUGAGAUUGAAUAUCUCAGUUUAACUCGCCUCUAGUGGCUGUCAAUCGCUUUUGCCUCAAUAACAAACCGUUUUUCUGCAGGUACCCUCUCCCUCCCACCAGUGACUUAGCUGAGACCCCCGUCGAUAUCCCUCGGCGGUGGUUUCGGGUCUGCCCACGCUCCUUCCCCGCCGUUAUCCGGCGAGGGAGACCAAUCACACGGGGGAGACCUAUUGCGCAUGCGUGGCAAUGCUGCGCCCGUGCGCGCAUUUAGACCUCUCCUAUAGGGAACUGAGCGACGCUGGAGGUCCUCACACAGUGUGAGGACGUCCAGCGACGCUCUAGCACAGAAAUCCUGUGCUAGAAACUAGGAAGUGCCCUCUAGUGGCUGUCUAGUAGAGAGCCACUAGAGGAGGAGUUAACCCUGCAAUGUAAUUCUUGCAGUUUAUGAAAACUUCACUAUUUACAGCUGCAGGGUUAAGGGUAGUGGGUGUUGGCACCCAGACUACUCCAGUGGGCAUAAGUGGUCUGGGUGCCUGGAGUGUCCCUUUCACCUUGCAAGGUGAACAUUUUCAGUUGCAGGGUUAAAAUGACAGGGACAUGACACCCAGACCACUUCAUUGAGUUGAAGUGGUCUGGGUGCCUAUAGAAUCCCUUUUAAUAACACUGAAACUUAAUCAAUGCAGGCCUAUUUACAUAUUGUAAUAAAAAACACAUUUUCAGCAAGUGAUUUUCAAACACACAAAAAACAUAUUACCAUGGGGUGCUUUUUACUCAUAUAUAAUUUUAUCAUGGUUUCUUGCUCAAAUUUGCAGAGUAUGUAAUGAGCAAAAGUUGUUUCAUUUCCAAAAAUCUAAAUUGUGGCCAUCUCCAGCUCAGCUUCAUUUACUUGUUUUUUUGUUUUUUUUUUUCUUUCUUUCUAUGACUGCUGCUCUUAUUAUUCUGAUCGAUCUCUCCUGGUUUUCCACAGAUUGGACCAAGAAUAAAAUUACAGCUGGUGAAGAUUGAAGAGGGUUUAAGUGAUGGCAAAGUUUUAUACCACAACUUUAGUAAGUGAAGUUACCAUAUAUUUCUUGUUAAUUCUUGUGUUUUGCAAUCGUAAGUCCAUCCAUCCCCACAUGCAGUCUACCUCUAAUAUGUUGGUUAAUGGGAUAUGUAGCCUGUCCCUCCCACCACAGGACGACACAGACAAGGAACAUGAGAUUUGUCCUUCCCAGCACAUGACACAAGAGGGUGUAGACUAAGCCGAACAUGUUAGCACCGUCACUGCUAUUUUCCUAAAUAUAUUUAAUAUAACUUCCUAUUUCUUUCCAUCGCUUAGUCAAAAAGACGGAAGAAGAGAUUAAGGCCAUGUUGGAACGAAAAGAGAACAAACUGCGAGAGAAGCACGAGAGAAAGAAGAAGCAGGAGGCCGAUGUAGAGCGUAAAAACCAGCAAAAGGAACAGCAUAAGUAAGUCAGAAAUUGGGUCAGCAUGCGAGCAAACAAGUUAACCUGUAGGACCGGGAGUGAAAGUGAGUAGCCCAUUAAAUGCUUAGUUGUUCAUCCACUUGAUAUUUUGAAGGUUAUCGCCUUGCUAGGUGGUGACUCUUCAAAUGUGGGUGGAAAGAGCUCAAUGCUUUUAGUUUAAAAAAAAAAAAUUUAAUUUUUGGGCUGUGAAGAAGGCAGGGGAAUAUCUGAAACUGACGCUGUCAAACAAUUCUCCUACCUCUCCUGAUCUAGUUAAAAAGCACUUUGUUGGUAUUUAAUGUACAGAGUCGUAAUCUAGUGCAAAAUUACAUUAGUUGAAAGGGAAUAGGUCUCUGACAUGAUUGUGUUUUGUUUCCUCAAACCGCUAAAUAAGUAAGGGGAAAAAAUCUUUGGGGGAUCGUGAACACAGCUCACUUUGUUAAUAAUAAGGAGAGCUUGCACUUUAUGAAUUUUUUAGGUGGGGAUCUCCAGACAAAAAUUCUGAACAGAGCCCAUGUUUCAUUUUGCAAAAAGUUGGAAGCACAUGGAGAGUCUCCCGACCCCAAUGUACUAUAAAGUUUGACACCAAAUUGAUUUCUUCUAAUAAAUACCAUGAUUUAUAGAAACAAUCACACAAAAAAAAUAAACACCAGUCUGAAGCCGUUUAGCUUGGGUCAGACUGUUUCAGUUAACUAAACUUGAAAAGUUUUUUUCAUUAUUUGCUUAUAAAGUGAAUUUUUGUGUCUUAAGGACAAGUGCCUCAAUCUGCUCUCUAAAAAUGUAAGCCCACAUGAAGUGUCCUGUUUUAUUUAGAAUUGGCAGUUUUCUUCUAAGUAUUCAUUAGAGCAAAGCUAUCUAGCUAGAGACUUAUGAACUGUUGGUGUCGCUCUUGAGAUUUUCUUUGGCUCCCAUCUCCACAGUGGGAACUCUUCCUUUUUUAUUUAGUCUCCUGUGAUGGAUAAAAAGGACAAAAUAGUGGUUAGAAUUUUUAUUUAUUUGUUUCAAGCUUCCAAACAUGAGCAAUUUAUUUUUCAAUUGUACACAAUUCCCUGUUUUGUAUAUUUCUGACAAGCUAUUCUGCACCAUUAAUUCACUAAAGUGUGAUGCUACCAGUUCUUACAAUCAUUUUAUCUUUGUUACUUCCAGGUCUAUCAAAGUCUCUAAGGAUCUAUAGAAUAUUGUGAAAGAAAAAUAAAUAUUCUUUAUUUAUUGUGGGCGGGAGGGGAUAUUGUUUAGUAGCCUCUUCAAUUAUAUUAUUUACAUAUUCUCCAAACUCCCACAUUUUGAAUCAAGAAAUGGCAAAAUUGAACCACCAAUAUCUAAAACCAUUUGUGAUAACUGCAUUGUAUCUUGUACUUGCUUUAUAUCACGUUUUUGUCCUACUUGUGUGCAGUGUGCAAGGUCUGAAAUGUUUAAUUUAUUGAAAACUAUUGACCAUUCGAGAUUUGAUUUAAUGUAUGUCCCUUAAUGCUGAUAAAUAGAGAAUAUUUAGUUGCGGAAUUAAACCUCUCUCUUGCGUAUAUACCCUUGCAUGGAAUGUAAAACCUAUUUUGUUUCUGUUGCAGAAAACGCAGCUUAGCUGGAAUAAAGAGGAAACAAGGAGAAGAUGGAGACAGUGAUGCGGAGGACCCUGGUCUUUCUGGUGAGAAUGAUCCGUCCAACAUACCAGAGGACGAUGAUGCAGAGUAUUACCGUCAGGAAGUUGGAGAAGAGCCUGAUAAAGGUUAUUACAUAUCAAUCAUAAGUUAAACCUCCGUUGUAUCUUUUUGUAAGCUGUCUCAUUGAUUAUUUUGUUUAGUUAAGUCGCUUGCUUCCUCACUCUUGGUUUCAUUUUCUUCAUCUCUAGAGCUCUUCCUCCAUGGCAGUAAAAGAAGGCCUUCGUACACCCAAAAGUCAGGUCCUCCAAAUAAGAAAUUUAAAGGGUCCAGAGGAUUCAGGGAAGAGAAUCGGGAUGCUCGCUCUCCUGGGGGUCAGACAAAACAUCCAAAGUUCAAGCCUCCCUUCCGCAAAGACAAAACAAGCCCCAAGCCCGGAAAAAAUAUGAAGGGGAUGAAACACUUCAAAAACCCAGAGUGGAAAAAAGGGCAGAGAAGCCCAAGGCCAUCUGGCAAUAAAAACAGCAAGGGAUUCAAAAAAACUGGGUCAUUUGGUUCCAAGAUUCCCAGACCUGGGCAAAAGCCACAGAUGGGUUCACGGCACAAAAUGGCAGGCCGAAUGGGUAAACCUAACACACAUAAGAAAAAGAGGCAAUAAAGGGACGGCAAACUAUUUCUGUAAAUAUUAGUCUUGGAAAUGCUCUGGGCAACAAAAACAUUAAAAUGUUUUCACUGUCAUGACAUUAUUUGACUCAAAAUGUAUUAUUUUAAAUAAUUGGUUCCUUUUCUGGCCUUUUCUGAUAAAUAGUUAAAAAUAAGAUACCUAACCUUCAAAUGAAUGACUGCCCUUUUAAGUAUAUUUUUUUGUAAGAGUAACUUUUUUUUUUUUUUUUUUUUUUUUUUUAUGUAUGUCCUCUAAUAACACACACAAUUUAAAAUAACACUCUAAACCCCAUAACCACUACUUCAUAUAGUAGUGAAGACAGGAUUGGGGUAGUAUACAGUUAAAUAAUAAAGUAAUAUAAUCAAUAAAUAGUUAUUAUAUACUACCACAUGGGAUGUGCACACAAGGGUUGCCACUAAAACUAAAAUAAUGCCUGAUGCUAGUAGCCAGGAAAAGUCAUUGGUUUGUAUAUUUAACCCUUUAAAGACAGAAGCCAUUGUUCUAACCAAAACAAAACCUGUAAUUGAGCUAUAUGUCUGUUCAACCAUAGUUUAGCUAUUUCAUAUUAAGUGCACCCACACUCUAUCGUUUUGUUCAGGAGAAAAAUAUAAUAUGGCAAAUCCAUGAAGGCUAUCUCCGUUCUUUCUGCUGAAUAUAGAAAUGCUCUUUAGUUUUGUUGUACAGUAAGCCACAUUCCAUUACAAAAUGAUCUGUGCCAAUCCAGUGUAUCCUUAUAGGGAAACACUGGGAGACUAGUGCGCAUGUGCAGCAAAAAGCUGCACCUGUCAAAUGGUCUCUGAGAUUGAAUAUCUCAGUUUAACUCGCCUCUAGUGGCUGUCAAUCGCUUUUGCCUCAAUAACAAACCGUUUUUCUGGCACUGCAGGUACCCUCUCCCUCCCACCAGUGACUUAGCUGAGACCCCCGUCGAUAUCCCUCGGCGGUGGUUUCGGGUCUGCCCACGCUCCUUCCCCGCCGUUAUCCGGCGAGGGAGACCAAUCACACGGGGGAGACCUAUUGCGCAUGCGUGGCAAUGCUGCGCCCGUGCGCGCAUUUAGACCUCUCCUAUAGGGAACUGAGCGACGCUGGAGGUCCUCACACAGUGUGAGGACGUCCAGCGACGCUCUAGCAGAGAAAUCCUGUGCUAGAAACUAGGAAGUGCCCCUCUAGUGGCUGUCUAGUAGAGAGCCACUAGAGGAGGAGUUAACCCUGCAAUGUAAUUCUUGCAGUUUAUGAAAACUUCACUAUUUACAGCUGCAGGGUUAAGGGUAGCCAUUGUUCUAACCAAAACAAAACCUGUAAUUGAGCUAUAUGUCUGUUCAACCAUAGUUUAGCUAUUUCAUAUUAAGUGCACCCACACUCUAUCGUUUUGUUCAGGAGAAAAAUAGUCCUUCAUUUCACAUCAAAUAUAAAUAGAAUGCAUAUAAAGUGUGAGAAAUGUAGAAACUUUAUUUUCCAAGGUUUGCAUGGCAUUUUAACUGUGAAUGUCAUAAUACUGUUGGCUUUUACUGCAAUAAAAUGCACAUAUUUGUAUGCUGUA